AUGUAUUUGUCAUUAGGUGUGUCUCUCGAAGCCAGUUCUGUGUGCCUGUCAAAGCCGUGCCAGAAUGGAGGGUCAUGCCAGGAGGCUCCCUUGGAAUACCUCUGUCCGUGCCCAUCUCCUUUGCCCAGUCCCCUCCGCCCGGAGUGCCAGGAAGAACACCAGCCAUGCCUACACCUACACGGGACCUGCCAGGGGAACACCACGUGCCAGCCCAAAUACGCGGGCUCUCAGGAGCUGUCUUGUCGCUGUGAGGUGGGCACUGCCGGGCAGUCAUGUGAGUCCAGGGUCCAGCUCUGUGCCCGCGUCCACUGUGGAGUAGAAGAGGAGGAGGAGGAGGAGGAGGGCGCCAAGUGUCGCUUGUCGCCCAGCCCCGGUGCAGAGCAGGGUUACAGCUGUGUGUGCCAGCCGGGCUUCACGGGGGGCCAGUGUGAGACCCCCAUGGACCAGUGUGCCCCGAACCCCUGCCGCAACCAUGCCAUCUGCCGGAGCCGCGGCGAUGGGCCUACCUGCUUCUGCGUGCCGGGAUUCCAGGGGGCGCUGUGCGAGAUCGAGGUGGACGAGUGCAUCUCCCAGCCCUGCCGCAAUGGAGCCACUUGCGUCAACAAGAUUGGCAGGUACCUGUGUCAGUGCAGGCCAGGGUUCACAGGUGUCAGCUGUGAGCUCCAAAUUGAUGAGUGUCAGUCACAGCCUUGCCUCAACGGGGGUCGUUGCCAUGACUACGUCAACGGCUUCUCCUGCACGUGCGGCGCUGGUUUCCAGGGUGACCGGUGUGAAGUGGAUGUUGAUGAAUGCAUGGACCAGCCAUGCCAACAUGGGGCACGGUGCAUCGAUGGCAUAAAUAGUUUCAGCUGUGACUGCUCUCAGACGGGAUUCACGGGGCUCCGCUGUGAAGUCCCAGAGCCAGCCUGCUGGUCUGCUCCAUGCCUCCAUGGUGCGCAGUGUGAGGACAACGGCACAGACUACACCUGCAAGUGUUGGCCAGGUUUUGAAGGGCCGCGCUGUGAAGUGGAUGUGAGUGAGUGUGCCAGUGGCCCGUGUCUGAAUGGUGGUCGCUGCCUCGAGCGGUCCUGGGAGGCCCUCUACGGCACCGAGCCAGACUUCCCGGAGACGUUUGACCUUCGCCAUGCUGCGGGAUACACCUGCAGAUGCUCACCUGCACAUACAGGUGUUCUUUGUGAGGAAGACGUAAACGAGUGUGAUGCCUCACCUUGUCAGAACGGUGGCGUCUGUGAGAACACGGUGGGCAGCUACACGUGCGUGUGCCCGCAGCUGUCCCCGGACGGGCUCCACUAUGGCGGUCAGGACUGCACGGUGGCACUGGUGGGCUGCGAGGGCCACGAAUGCCAGAACGCGGCCGCCUGCCUGCCCUUCCUGAGCGAGGGGCGCCACGGCUACGGCUGCCUGUGCCCGGCCGGCUUCACCGGCUCGCGCUGCCAGACGUCCACCACGUUCUCGUUCGAGCGGCGCGGCCGGCUGCUGCUGCAGACGCCGCUGCUGGACGCCGAGGCGGCCUCCAACAUCACGCUGAGCUUCCGCACCGUGCUGCCCGACGCCGUGCUCUUCCAGCGGGGCAGCGGAGGGCCCCUGCUCACCCUGGAGGUCCGCCAAGGCCGCCUGCGCCUCAGCCUCCACGGCGGGGACACUCCGCUCGGGGCGCUGGAGCUGUCGCGCAACGUCACCGACGGCCAGUGGCACGGCGUCCAGGCGCUGCUCGCCGAAGGCCUGCUGUCGCUGACCCUGCUGGACGCGGCCUGCGAGAGCGGCGGGCCCGACUGCGAGGGCUCCACUCAGGUGGACAGCGGGCCCCCGGGCUCGGCCCUGCAGCACACCCUGAUCGGCGGGCCGGAGGGCCCGAGCUUCGUCGGCUGCCUGAGGGACCUGUUCGUGGACUCGCAGCUGAUGGUGCCCGAGGACUGGCUGAGCAGCUCGGCCAUCAACGUCACGCCGGGCUGCAGCCACCGGGACCGCUGCCUGGACGGGCCCUGCGAGAACCGCGGCCAGUGUGUGAACCUGUGGCAGGCCUACCAGUGCCGCUGCCAGAGGCCAUACCAGGGCCAGAACUGCUCUGAGGAGUAUGUGACCGCCCGCUUUGGGCACGAGGACACGCAGAGCUACGCCGUCUUCUCCCUGGACCAGGAGCCCGCCGAGCCGGACGCGCUGUCCGUCUCGCUCUUCGUGCGGACGCGGCGUCCCUCGGGCCUGCUGCUGGUGCUGUCCAACGGGACGGGCCAGUACCUGCGCGUGUGGCUGGAGCGCGGCCUGGCGCACGUGCAGCUGCACCAGCUGGAGGAGGUGACGGGGCCGGCCGCGCUGGACGACGGCGAGGUGCACCUGCUGAGCGUCAGCGUGGAGGCGGGCCGGCUGCGCCUGGUGCAGUCCGGGCGGGGCGAGGGGGCGGUCGCCGCGGAGACGCGGCCCGUGAGGGUGCAGGCGGGCGACGUGGUGCACGUCGGGGGGCUGGAGGAGCCGCGGGGCACGGCCACCUUCGGGGGCUACUUCAAGGGCUGCGUGCAGGACCUGCGGCUGGGCACCCUGCUGCUGCACUUCUUCGCCCUGGAGCUGGACCACGAGCCAAUCAGCUCGCUGCUGCCCCAGACCACGAGUCACAUCGUCCAGGGAUGCGUGGGAGACGACACCUGCGCUACAAACCCGUGUCAGAAUGGGGGCAUGUGCUACUCGGUGUGGGACGACUUCACGUGCACGUGUCCGCCCAACACGGCCGGGCAGCAGUGUGAGGAGGUGAAGUGGUGUGAGCUGGCGCCCUGCCCGCCAGAAGCUGUCUGCCGCACCAUUGGCCGCGGCUACGAGUGUCUGGCCAACAUGACUUUCCAGGGCAACACGGCCAUAACGUACAGAGGCAGUGGGGGGAUUGAGAGCAGCCUGACCAGCAUCGCCUUCAGCCUGCGGACGCGCCAGCGAGACGCCGCCAUCUUGCACGCCGAGCGCGGCACCGAGUUCAUCACCGUGUGGCUGCAGGACGGCCUGCUGGUCCUGCAGCUGUUGAGCGGCAACACCUCCUCUUCGUCCUCUUCGCCCUCGUCAUCGGCGUCGCCCGUGGUGCCGGUGAACGACGGGGCGUGGCACCGCGCGGAGUUCUUCAUGGUGGCCCCGUGGGCCGAGGCCUCGCCGUGGACGCUGCUGCUGGACGAGCGCGAGGAGCUGUCCUCCAGCUCGGGGUCGGCGCGGGCCGGCGGCCUGGACUUUGCGCGCGACGGGGUGGACGUGCAGCUGGGUGGCCUGGGCCCCGAGGCUGGGGGCUGGGGCCUGAGAGGCUGCCUGGGCCCGGUGGAGCUGGGCGGGGUGCCGCUGCCCUACUACGGCCCCGACGAGGUCACCCUGCCGCGGCUGCAGCCCGAGCGCUUCCACCUCCGGGGCCUGGCGGGCGCCGUGCCCAUCGCCGGCUGCCGGGGCCAGGCCGUGUGCCAGCCGGAGGGGGCGGCGUGCCUGAACGGCGGCCGCUGCCGCGACCUCUUCGACGAGUUUGCGUGCGAGUGCGCGCCGGGCUGGGCCGGCCGCCGCUGCCAGCUCAACGAGGACACCUGCGCCUCGGCGCCCUGCGGCCACGGCAACUGCACGGUGGUGGGCCUGGAGUACAGGUGCGUGUGCCAGGUGGGCUACACGGGCGCCGACUGCAGCACCGAGGUGGACGUGUGCCAGGGCCACGCCUGUGUCAACGGCGCCACCUGCCUGCACGGAGUCAACAAGUACGCCUGCCUGUGCGCCGAGAACUACACCGGCUCCUACUGCGAAGAAAGGAUUGAGGAGGUUCCAUGGUACAUAGCCGUCCACAACAAGAAGCGGCCCAAGCUCCCGGUGUCCAUCUGUGGGGACGAGCUGCGCAACUACACGUGCUUCAACGGGGGCAACUGCUCAGAGCUGGAGCUCAGCUGCGACUGCCGGCCAGGAUUCACCGGACACCGGUGCGAGCUGGAACUGGACGAGUGCAAGUCCAAUCCGUGCCUGAACGGCGGCUACUGCCGGAACCUGGUGAACAGGUUCCAGUGUGUGUGCGAGAUGAGCUUCGGCGGCGAGCGCUGCCAGGUGGACUUGAGUGUUGAGGGCCUUUCCUCUGACCUGCUGCUGUCGGCCGGCCUGCUUGCGGUGGCCCUGCUGGUGGCCCUGUCGGCCUCGGUGACGGCGCUGGUGGUGGCGCUGAACCGGCGGGCGACCCGCGGCACCUACAGCCCCAGCCGGCAGGAGAAGGAGGGCUCCCGCGUGGAGCUGUGGAGCAUCGUCCAGCCCCCGCCCACCGAGAGGCUCAUCUGA